GUUUUACGUAAAACUAACCCUUCAGCAGAAUGAGCGACACCAUUAGGGCUCGUCGCAUACUACGCAAGACAUUUGCCUGUGAUGAGUGUAAACGGCGGAAAGUUCGUUGUUCCGGCGAUGAUACUUGCACCAACUGCGUCCGAGAUGCGAAAGCAUGCCGAUACUCGUCCCCGUCGCAAAAGCUAUCAUCACUGCAAAGGUGAGGACUACUCGCUCUGUUUUUGCUUUGUGUCAAUGGGCCACCAAUAGUAGAAUGCCUGGACUGUAUUUACUUACAUAACCUGUUCAAGGCGCCUGCAAGAAUAUGAACAGCUUCGGCAGGACGUGGAAAAGGCCUGGAGGAUGUACCUUCCGAAUGUUGAUCUGCAGGAAGCACUUCAAUCUAUAAGGGAGAGUCGCCAGGUAGCACCAGUCAAUAUAAGCCAUGGAGAAAAGCUGAGCACCGAGGUGGAGCACCAUACUGAGCAACCCCCGACAAGCUUCACGGAACACAGCAACGCAGAAGACUAUGAAUUUGAUGAAUCGCAAGACUUCGAUAACUCAAUUGAUGGCAUGGGCUUCUUAACCGCUGAUCCACAUAAGGCUGGAUAUACAGGGCCGCAGUCUGGCAUAGCUGCGUUGAAGUUUCUGCAGUCUCUUCCGCUGUACCUUCCACUAAACAGCGUGAACACGCCAUCAUCAUUGGAUGAUGAUGAUUUCCCUACCGCACGAUCUCAGCCAGUGGCCACGGUAAAUCGUUAUAUCGAUGACUAUUUCUCCCUCUACCAUCCUGCGUAUCCUAUUUUACAUGAAGGGACAUUUCGUGCCCGAAUAUCGGGUGCUCUGGCCAAACCGCGUGAUGGAUCAUGGCCACUCCUCUAUAACACAGUUCUCGCUAUUGGCGCCUUUGUUGGCGACUCAAAUGCGACUAAAUGUGAUAUUCCAUUUUACAAGGAAGCCCGUAGACAUCUGACUAUGGAUGUUCUUGAAAAGGGAUCCUUGAGUUACGUGCAAGCUAUCGUUCUGAUGGCUAAUUAUUUGCAAAAGCGCAACAAGCCCAAUGCCGGGUUUAUUCUCAUCGGGAUUGGCUUCAGUAUGGCCCUUGCUAUCGGCCUGCAUCGCGAGUUUGGCAUGCCAAGCACAUCACCAUUCACCAUGGAGAUCCGCCGACGCGUCUGGUGGACACUAUUUGUCUUUGUUUCCGGGGCACAGCUAACUCUAGGACGGCCCGCUGUCUCCCUGGUGGGCGUCAACAUUCGCCUUCCAGCAAACCUAAAUGAUCAAGAUAUUGCUGUCGAUAUGGAACAGUUACCUGAGUGUAAACCUGGGCCUACGAUCACAUCUGCUCUCAUUUCCCAGGUGAAACUCGCCAAAAUUGCAAAUGCCGUUCAGGUAGAGCUUCUCACGCACCACGUGCCAAGGUAUGAGAAAGCUGUGAAACUUGAAGAGAACAUCGGAAAUUGGUGGAAGGACCUACCGCCGUAUUUCGGUCAAGAUGUCAACCUGGAGCCACAUCUGGAACUACCUAAAAGGGUUCUCUUAUGGAGAUCAUUUCAUCUGCGUAUUGUGCUCAAUCGACCCUUUUUAUUUGAAGCUAUAGCAACAAGAUCAGCCAUCAGUACAUUAGAUGGUCCUAUCAAGUCUUGUCUUGCUGCAGCCGACGAAUGUGUCACAUCUAUCUGUGGGUUCCUCAACUUUACAGAUAGCAGGAAACGGGGCCUCGCGUGGUAUGCGACAUAUUGGUUAAUUACAGCUAGCUUCGUGCAGGCGACGUGUUACAUCUACAGCCCCACUCAUGCUAUGGCUCCGACAUGGAAGGGCUACCUGCAACGAGCCGUGGAUUGCCUUGAUAGCCUUGGAUCUUCGCACGACAUGGCGUUCCGCGCACGAAAUGUAUUACAAAAGCUCCUCGAACAAGGCCAUGGAGGUGAUUUGACCCAGAGUAUUAACCCAAACUCAACAACCGCCUUGCGGCGCCCUUCUCAUGCGCUUUGGGUUCCACCGUCCGGUAACCAAGGUCAAGCAAUUUACAACCCAUUAUCAAUGGGGCUAGAGGAUAGCUAUACAUGGUAUCCACAAGGGAUGUCUAAUGCGGAACUUUUAGAUGCGGCAGGGGGGUUCAUGAUUCAAAACUUUUUCGAAGGGUCAGAAGGCCAUUCAGGAAGGAGUCCAUGGAUGCCAAUAUGAUCAUGCAUCCGUUAGGCACAUGAGAUAUAAACCGGGGUCCACGCGUUGUACAGGACCUCUCUACACCUUGGCCAUCUUCUUUCUAAAUACCACGAGGCCAACAACUUUGUGCUAUUGGGUAUACUGAUACUCAAACGUCUAUUUUUCAAGCUCAUGCAUUGAAGAAAUUUGCGGGAUA